UCCAAAAUAUCCUAAAAAAAAAACCGGGAGAACCUUAUUCUUAUCCAUCCCCGCAACGGAAAACGGCUUUCUCCCACACUCUCGUCUCUCUCUGCAGCCAAAACAAAACAUUGGAUAACAACUUCCUGGAUAACAAAACCAAGCCUUAGAAUUUUACGGAAAUGCCACUUAGGGCCUCACUCCCUUUCUCCUCUUACUCUUACCCUUACUCUUCUUCUCUCAACCUUUUCUUCUCUGCCUCUGCCCCCAAAGCCUCACCUUUCUCUUCUCUCCGCAUCCGAAAUAACCCAACCUCCUACUCCGACCGCUAUUCUUACCCGUGGGACCACCAAUCCUCCGUCGCCUCUACUUCACUGCAAGCCUGGCCCUUUCCUUCCGAAAAUGUCAUCCAAUCGAACGGUAAUAAUAAUAAGACGGAUGUUGAAACGCGAUAUUUUGAAGGCCAAAGCGCAAUCGAAAGAAUCGUUCUUAGAUUGCGAAACUUAGGGUUAGGAUUAGAUGACGAAGACGAAGACGAAGAUGAAAUGGACUAUUAUAAGUCGACACCGCUGACCGGAGAAGAGAGGUUAGGUGAUUUAUUGAAAAGAGAGUGGGUUCGGCCUGAUACGAUGCUGAUAGAGAGAGAAAAGGACGAAGCUGUGCUGCCUUGGGAGCGAGAGGAGGCGGAGGUGGAGGUGGUGGAGGAGGGAGGUUUAGGAUUGAAGAAGAGGAGGUUCAAGGCACCGACAUUGGCGGAGCUGACGAUUGAGGAUGAGGAACUGAGAAGAUUGAGGAGGAUGGGGAUGUAUUUAAGGGAAAGAAUCAAUGUGCCCAAGGCGGGGAUUACACAUGCAGUUUUGGAGAAGAUUCAUGAUAAAUGGCGGAAGGAGGAGUUAGUUAGGCUUAAGUUUCAUGAGUUUCUCGCAGCGGAUAUGAGGACUGCUCAUGAGAUUGUUGAGUGCCGUACAGGAGGAUUAGUUAUAUGGAGAUCUGGAAGUGUCAUGGUGGUCUAUCGUGGAAGUAACUAUGAAGGUCCUUCUAGAUCUCAUUCUAUUGAUCGAGAAGGAGAAACUCUUUUUAUCCCAGAUGUUUCUUCUGCUAACAAUGCAGUAAGGGGAAGUGAAACUGGCACAACUUCAACCCGAGAAAGGUGUGAUCUGGUUGUGGUGAAGCCUGAACGUAGUGAAAGCAUAAGUGAAGAGGAAGCUGAGUAUAACAGCCUACUAGAUGGUCUAGGGCCUCAGUUUGUUGAGUGGUGGGGUACAGGAGUACUUCCAGUUGAUGCUGAUUUACUUCCUCAAAAGAUUCCUGGUUAUAAAACACCUUUCAGGUUUCUUCCUGCUGGAAUGAGACCACGGCUUACCAAUGCAGAGAUGACAAAUUUACGGAAAAUGGCUAAAUUACUUCCUUGUCAUUUUGCUCUGGGGAGGAAUAGAAACCACCAGGGAUUGGCAGCUGCAAUAAUUAAACUUUGGGAGCAAAGCCUUGUUGCAAAGAUUGCUGUAAAACGAGGUAUUCAGAAUACUAAUAACAAGCUUAUGGCUGAGGAGCUUAAGAACUUAACUGGAGGUGUUUUGCUGCUCAGAAACAAGUAUUUUAUUGUCAUAUACCGCGGAAAAGAUUUCCUUCCAACAAGUGUUGCUGCUGCUCUAGCAGAAAGACAGGAGUUGACAAAACAGAUUCAAGAUGUUGAGGAGAAAGUGCGGAUCAGAGCAGUUGAGCCAGCUCAAUCAGGUCAAGAUAAAGGACUGGCACUGGCAGGUACUUUGGCUGAGUUUUAUGAAGCUCAAGCCCGCUGGGGAAGAGAUAUAACUGCUGAAGAACGUGAAAAGAUGAUUGAAGAAGCUUCCAAAGCUAAGCAUGCUAGACUUGUAAAACGCAUCGAACAUAAAGUGGCUGUUGCCCAAGCCAAAAAGCUUAGAGCAGAGAGGUUAUUAGCUAAAAUAGAAGCCUCCAUGAUCCCUGCUGCUCCUGAUUAUGACCGAGAAAUAAUCACUGAUGAGGAACAAGUUAUGUUUCGCAGAGUUGGUUUAAGAAUGAUACCAUACUUACCUCUUGGUAUUCGUGGUGUUUUUGAUGGUGUCAUUGAGAAUAUGCAUCUGCAUUGGAAGCACAGAGAACUUGUGAAGCUAAUAACCAAACAAAAGACCCUUGCAUUUGUUGAAGAUACAGCAAGGCUGUUGGAGUAUGAGAGUGGUGGGAUACUGGUGGCAAUAGAAAGGGUCCUCAAAGGAUAUGUUCUUAUUUACUAUCGUGGAAAGAAUUAUCGUCAGCCCCUUAGCCUAAGGCCAAAAAACCUUCUAACAAAAUCAAAGGCAUUGAAGCGCUCAGUUGCAAUGCAACGCCAUGAGGCUCUAAGUCAGCAUAUUUCUGAACUGGAGAAAACCAUAGAGCAAAUGAAAAAGGAAAUUAACAAAUGCAGUGCAUUCAAACACUUUAAUGGGAAUAGACAAGAUGAUUCGAAGGUGAGGAUAGGAACCGAGAGGGAUUGGUAAGCGUUUUGAAAUUUCAAGACUUGAGAAGACAUUCUGCUUAUAAGAUAUGUAGCGGUAAGAAUAGCCUCACCACAAAAAUGCUUAGGUACAUGGGCAGUCAUCAUGAGGGAUCUUGCAACUUCCAACAAAUGUCGAUUCUUUUUUUCAGCAACGCCAUUCUGUUGAGGAGUGUCGACACAUGAGUUUUGAUAAAUUAUACCAUGCUUCACUAGAUAUGAUCUAAGAAUUGAAUUGUAGUAUUCUCUCUCAUUGUCGGUUCUCAACAUUUGGAUUUUGGUUUUAAAUUGAGUUUGGAUCAUAUUAUUGAAGUUUUGGAAUAGCUGGCCCACUUUUGAUUUUUCCUUCAUAAGGAAUACCCAAGUAACCCUGGUGUGAUCAUCAUUAAAUAUGACAAAUCAUCUGGAGCCAAUAAUGUUAUUUGCUUUGGAACAGCCCUAAAUGUUAUUGUGUAUCAUUGAAAAUGGAUGCGAUGAUUUGUAAGACUGAUUAGGAUAUGUGGUAUGAGUAUGCUUGGAUAGUUGGCAGAUUUCACACUGAAAGUUGUUAGGAUUUUGAUUGAAUAAUGAAGAAAACAACCUUUUGAGGUAUAAAAAAUUUGGAUGACCUAACCGAUUGUGCCAUUACAUGAUAGUAUUUAUCUUUAUUAUUAUUGAAGGAUGAAGCCACACAAAAAGUCUUUUGAUAUUGUUUUUCAGAAUCAUUAGCUUUUAGGAUAUAGAGUCUUGCACAUAUCUUAGCAUUGCCAAUCAAUUUCCCCGAGUUCAAAUCCUGAAAUUUACAUAUAUUUGGAAGAAAUUUAGUAACACACUUAAGGUCUCUUGUAAGUUUUCUUAUAGACAGUAGAUUGCAACCUAGAUUUGGGACAAACAUAACAGAAUCAAGUGUUAUCUCUUUAAAAAUAAUAACAUAACCUGUACUAAUUACUUUUGAAAGUGAACCAUCAGCAAUUCGAAUUGUGAAGUUUAUAUGACAUGGGUUGUAGUUACUAAAUACAGAUGCAUCCCCAAUCAUAUAGUUUGAAGCUUUUGAAUCCACAAUCCAUGAAUUUGAUUUCUCUAGUUUUACAUUUAAGGCAUUUAGAAAAUUACCUUUUUUGCUAAAGAACCUAUUCGAAUAGAAGUGGUAAUGUGCUGUAAUGAUUGGGAAACACUAGCUUUGGGGUUAGAGGUAACCCCCAACACGAGACUCUCCUUUUUGUUGGCCAUACUGGACU